AUGGCCACAGCUGAAGCGCCUGCAAGAGUGCAUGUAGAUCGCAAUGGCCGGCGUCGCCCCUUUGCGAGUUGGAUGAAGCGACUAGCCAGCCUCAAGAGCUCGUCAGACUCGGGCUCUAAUCGGUGGACACACAAGCGACACACGAACUCAAAGGGCAAAAAGAGCGAGGGGCAAGGCAACAAUCCAUAUCCUCUGUCGGGCACGAUCGGACGUACAAAUCGAAACGAUUCAUACUCGGAGACGGGCGACCGUGAUUUUGAUCAGUCUCAUUCACGCAGCGAUCCUUCUUUGGUCUACUCGGGAUAUGAACAUCCAGUGACUGCAAGAAGCGCCAAGUCUGCGGCCCCUACUGUAUCUACGAAUGGCGAGACUGCGAUCUCGGAUGCUGGGUAUUCCAAGGCGGGGACAACGGCGACUGGGGGUGGCGGACUGAGCUCGCACGGUGGUGGUGAAGGCAGUACAUUCUCAUCGCCGGCUCCCUCAGUUCGCUCAUUGACCACUACCUUGACAACGGUGCAAUCGGCUGCACCGUCGACCCAACUGUACACAGCGCAGAACACGCAGCCCGGACCAACCCACGGAACGUCCACCCAGCAAUCCGGCACACAACAGGUGCAAUUCUCACACCAAUUUCCUUCGGCAUCCUCGCCAGCGACAGCCGUUCCUUCUCACCUGAUUCCGCACAGUCAGUCCAUGACCUACAACACUGCGACCGCCAAUAAUGCCUUGAACGAUAACGCCUCCAUUUUGACCCUCGCAAGCUCGUCCAAGCGACGUCGCCGCAAUUCAUUGGAUACGAAUGCUUCGGUGCGAGCCCUGGCGCCUUCUUCAGUCUUUGGCGGAAGUCGUGAAAGCUUGCCGCUCAGUCUGCUCAGCGGUAGUGUGAUCGAGCCCGCCAGCGCGUCCGCCUUCAACGCACAGGGCGUACCAGCUCGGCCCAGUAUCGUUGGGCUCGCGAGUGCCGAACGGAUCAGCGUGUAUUCUUCGCCAGGAACCGCGGCUUUGGGCACCAGCGGUGAACGCAAUUUUCACGUCUCGAGAGGGAAUCAAGUCGCUGGUGAUGGGGUCAGUAUUCGUAGCGGUGUCGCAUCCCACACGCGCAAUGAUAGUGCCGCUGCUGGAAUCAGUGGUGCCAUCAAUAGUCCAUACAUCCUCACAUCUGGUCGUGUCAGCCGUCGCAGCUCUGGGUGGGGAGAUAUCACAGAUGAAGGGUACUCGAAUAAAGUCGGCGAGUCCCCGGACGAGAUCGUCACACCAAAAGCCGAAGUGACAUUUCACGAGGGGCCUGAGUUGAAAUGA